AUGACCAGCAGUUUAUCGAUUGCGUUGCUGCUCCUGGCUUCAAUCUUUGUCCUUAUCGCCUGCGAGGAUGAUGGUAACAGUGAAACACUGUGUUAUUUAGUGGAUACAUCUGCUUUAACUAACGCGAUUAUUGCUAUUACAGUUACUUAACUUUGCAUAGCGAGGAAAUAGUAGAUUAGGAAUCAUGACUACUCCGCGAAGGACAAUUACUUUAGGUAAUUAGCCAAGCACAGAAACUCCAGGAACUUGCAUUGAUUCUUUUGAAGUAUGAGUACAAUAAUGCGUACCAGUUUUUGUCUACCUUUUCUUUAGUUAAUGAAUUAAGAUGAUUAAGGUAGUUUAUUCUAAACGCUCCAAAAAUCGUAUGAACUCGCCUGACAAAAAUAGUAGACAAUAAUAUCAAUAUUUUAUGCUUGAUUUUCAAGAUGAAGUUCUGAACGGCAAUCUGCCAGCCUACUGCGGACACCGCCCAAAAUUGCCCACUAAUCACGGGGACUCAGGCGCUGGCAAGACUGAAGCCGAACCGUACAGUUGGCCAUGGCACGUAGGUUAAAAAGUAAUUAUUUUGUAUAUAUUUCCAGGCGAACAAUGUAGAACACUCUUGGCAGAAUUAGGCUUAUAGGAUGACUUGGUGCAUCGAAAUCUUACUAAGAAUUCUAGCGUAUGCUCGGUUAACUUUAUUAAAGUAUAAACGUCUGGAGAUAUGAGCAGUCCGUAAUUUUGAUAUGGCUGUUAAAGGCCAAAAACAAUCCAGUAAUGGCAACUUUAUUUUCCAUCGUUUUUGAUGGAGCUCUCAGUUCGAACGUAACGGACUUUUCAUUAAGAAGUCAUUUUUUGUAUGCCAUUCUGACGGUUGCCUGACAGUUAGACUAUUUAGAUAAGGUAUUAGGUGGCAUAAACGAUAGAUAACUGACUCCAAAUCUUCUAACAAUAACUUUGUCUUAUUUUACCAUGGAGUCAUCCUCGCGCAAAUGUUGGAGUUAAGUGUUUAACGGCGCUACAAAUGUGGCAAUUAACAUUUUGAGUUAGUCGGAAAAGAGUUGCAUAGCUGCACUAAACAAUAUACUUUAGCUGUGCAAAACAACCGCUAACUCAGCGAACGGUUUUUCAAAUCUUCAUGGUGAUGUUGUCAGGCGCACAACAUUGAUGGCAUUGGAGACUCAUCUGACUGUUUUUUUCUCGUAAGGCAGCUUGUUGGAGAAUAUGACAUAAGUGUGCAAGCGAAACUCGCUAUUAAGCUGCACGGGAUUUGCCACAUCCAGCGCAAGGGACAACUAACUGUUUGCCCAAAUUUCCCUUAAAAAAACAAUUUAUCGAUUUCACAUUAUUUUGCAAGAUUAUUAAUAUUGUGGCAAAUCGAAAUUCGUCCACGCAAGGCAAUUAAUUGUUAUGUCUAGAAAAUUGUCUUUUAGUGAAUGUGGUGUAGACGGGAGGGAAGAAACUGGAUGGAUUUAAGUUUCACACAUUUAUUAUUUGAUUUUUCUAAAUCAUUUUUGUUGGGUACUCUUUUCACAGGUUGGAUUAUACUCUACAUUGCGAGGAAGAACUCCAUAUUGCGGAGGAACGCUCAUUGCUCCAAAGUGGAUUUUAACUGCCGCGCACUGUGUUAGAAGAUUAUUUAAAUGCGCGCCCAUAACGCCUGGUGAAUUAAUCAAUGUCGAACAAGUCACAGGAAAACAAUUAGCGGCUGUUGUUGGUGACCAUGAUUACACGGAAAAAAACAAAUAUAAAGGAAGGCUUCGAGUUGAGAAACUUAUUGUGCAUCCAAAUACCACGCUGGAUGACACGAAAAUAGGAUAUGACAUUGCACUUCUAAAGUUGAAAGGCAAGGCGAAACGACGUAAGAAAAAGGCUUUUGUUGUUCAAAACUGCCCAUCUACUAUUGCAUGCAAAACAGUUCAUGUGAUUACAAAGAACAAAAAGCUGUCAUAUUGAUAUUUAUGGUUAUGAAUUAGACACUCAUCUCUUAAAGAAGACUUGAUAAUACAAAACAUGUUAUUGCCACAUAUAUGUGAAGACUUUACGAAAAUCUCCGUACAGGCGUUAUCAACAGUUCUAUCUCAACCAUUUUGAAAGUAAAGAUAGCGAUACAUUACAGAAUCUAUUAAGUCACAGUGACUAUGCACGAAUGUAGUGGUUGGGUAAAGAAGCUAACAAAUUAUCAUGACCCAUCCAUAAUUAACCAUCGUUCAAUGAUUUGACGCAAAAAUGUCACUUCUGAAUGAGAAAAUAAAAAAUAAGUUUUUCGAGGCAUGAUAUUGAAGUGACUACUCAUUUUUGCGCGUUUUCUGAUGGAUAUCACUGUGGUGUGAAACGACAAGAAUACGAACGCCGGUAGACCUCUGAAGUGUCACAAAUUGUUUUGCCUAGAUGUCUUACUUUUGUAUCUAUAUUCUCUUAGCGAUUAUUACGAAUUAAUGUGCAAUAUUUGCUAGAUAAAUAUGCACGAUGAAUACUAAAAAUUCUUGUAUAAAUUUUUAAUUCGUAACUAAAUACCGCACUCACUCUCGUAAUACGCUGUUAAAGAAAACAAAAUUUCCAGUUAUGUUGCUGUUAUUGUUGCACUCGACAUUUCUGUGCUGUGACAUCAUUUGUGUCUGAGUAAACUUUUUAUUAUUGCUAAGUGAUACACGUCCAGUUUGCGUGUCUUUCUUUCUCCUAUCUAAAACUACCAGAUGGAAGAUUAUGAUAUGUUACUGGGUGAGGACGAGUGGUGAAUCCUGCAGGGCGUGGAACGUACUACAAGCCUAAAAGGUUGAUGAAGCCAAAAGUGCCCGUAGUUUUAUAUAACGAUUACUGAAGAAGGCAUCGGAAAGUUGAAGGUCUGAAACACGUCUGCAUCGAUGCGCGCGCAAUGUCAGAAGACACUUUGACUGCGCCCGAAUGGCGCCCGGUGAAUUAACCAAUGCCGAACAAGUCACAGGCAAUUCGUUAGGGGCUGUUGUCGCUGACCAUGACAACACCAUGCAAAACCGAUUUGAAUGAAGGCUUCCAGUUAAGAAAGUUAUUGUGCAUCCACAUACGACGCUAUCAGACACUGAACGAGGAUUUGGCAUAGCACUCUUGCAGCUGAGAUGAAGAGCCAAAAGAAAAAGGGCGUUUUCUCGUUCAGAAAUGCCUAUGUACCACUGCGUCCGAAAUUAUUAGUGUGGUAAUUACUAACGAAAAUUUGUGAAAUUGACAGAUGUAAAUAGGAGCUAGGUACCACCAUUUCUAACACAGUUGAAUGCCACGAAGAUCGUUCGGAAAUUCCGUUGCAGCUUUACCCACGGUUUUAAAUUUACAAGUUCCCAACGCAAAGACUCUAAACCUACAGAAAAUGCCAAAUGCACAGUGACAGAGUACGGAUGUAAUGCUCGGGUAGAGAAGCUAAAAAGUGUCAUCAAGCUUCAAUAUCCAAACCAAGAUUAAUGAUUUGACAUAUAAACUGUCAGUUUUAGAAUAUUCGAUGGAAACCCACAUUUUUCCACAGCAAGCACCACUACUCUUUGCUUAUUUUAUCAGAUCUACGUUUCAGAUCACAUCGUGGCAAACAACGGAAUGAAAAAAGGGGGAACUCUGAAAUGUUAACAAUUUAUGUUUGCCUGCGCCAUCUUUAUACCUGCCCCGUUCAUACGAUAAAUGCAAAUUAUUUUGGGAUAUUUGCUAGGCACUUAAUAUUGUUUUACAAAGCCGGUCUUCGCACAUUUACACCAAAAGGUCUUAUGAAUUCGUGUAAUGUUCUGUUAAAAUAGGAUGAACUCUCAAUUUUUUGGCUGAUAUUGUUGCCCUUACUAUCCAUGUUCUAUGAUAGCAUUUUGUUUAAAUUAAAUUUCUGUUGCUGUUAAGUGGUACACGUCCAGUUUGCCUGUCUUCCUGACUCCUUCUUAAAACUGCCGGUUGGAAAAUUUUGCUAUUUCGCUGGCUGGGGACGCGUAGUUAGUCCUGCAGCACCUGGAACGCAUUACGAUCCUGAUAAGUUGAUGCAGGCGAGAGUACCGUUGGUUUCAACUGAAGAUUGCAAAAAGAAGCAUCGGAAAGUUGAUGGUUUGAGACACGUCUGCACGGAUGCAUCAUAUGGGGUAUGAAAUUUUAGAGUAACUUUCAUUGUUGCCCUGAAACUUAUAUCCGUUUAACAAAUGUUUUUUUAUUUAGGAUGCUUGCCAAGGUGACAGUGGAGGCGGCUUACAUUGUUUGGACGCUCAAGGCCGCUGGGUAGUUUAUGGUAUCAUCAGUUACGGCAAACCGGACUGUGACGGCGACUACUCAGUGCACACGUCGACUGGUCGCUAUGUCGCAUGGAUCAAGAAAAUCAUACGUGAUAAUUGA